AUGCUACAAGAACCUCGCAAAGAAGAGUUCAAUGACUGGCCUCAUGGAUUUCUUGCAAUCGGCACAUUUGGAAAUAACAGCUUGAGAGAAGAUCCUGAGAGAUGUAUAUCCCAACAGUUGGUUCGUUCAUUUGCUUAUUAUCUUCUAUGCAUUCUUAUUGCCUAUGGGGAUUUGAAUGGGAAGAAUAUUUUGAGAGCUAUACUACACAAGAAAAUAUAUCCCCAGAAUUCUAGUUCAAAUCCAAAGGCUACUGCAAAGAAAUACUUGGAGACAAUUUCUCAUAUGCACAACUCUGACAACAAUGAAGGUGAAAUGCUUGAUACUGCUGCAAAUGAUGGAAGUAAAUGGGUCAAGACGGAUUCUGAAUUUAUUGUUCUAGAGAUAUAA